UUUAAUCUUCAGCUGAACCUGCAUCAGUUUUAAGGCUGYCACCAUGAGCCAAAGCCCAGAAAGGAUGUCCUCCUAUCGUCGUCAUUUUGAGGGCCCUGGAAACCAGUUUCGAAGGUCUAGCCCAUCUCCCACCCGAAAGGAGACCCGYCAUAGGAGCUUCAACCACCAUGGGGGGUGGAAGACAAUGGGGGGCAGAUUUCUGACCACCCAGCCUCGUUUGACCAGCAGUGUGAGUAUGGGGACACUGUGUGUGGAUGUGUUCGUGGAGCAGGGGGCAAAUCUGGACCUAGAUGCAGCUGCAGCAAAGAACCAGGCGUUCAAGUUGACCCGCACGAGYGAACGACAGGAGAUGGUUGUCCUCAAUGAUCGUCUGGCAGUUUAUACUCAGCUGAAGGAACUCAACAGAGAGGCUGAGCAAAUGAAAGACCAGAGGGAUUUGUCUUUGACAGCCAAGGAGGCGUCGUUGGCCCAGCUGGAUGCACUAAAGUCCAAAUACAACGAGGCCCUGGCAGCCAGGAAGCAGACAGAGCUUGAAAUUGAGGUUUUACGUCCGGAUGUGGACAAAGCCACCGCAGCCCGGAUUAAACUGGAGAAACAGCUGGAAAACUUGGAGACUGAGCUGGAUUUCAUGCAAAAGGUUCACAAGGAGGAAAUCGAGGAGCUGAUGCAGCAGAUCUGUUCAUCAGCUUCCAAGAUGGACUUGACCUUCGACCUCCCAGACCUCUCCUCUGCUCUCACACAGAUUCAGUCUCAGUAUGACGGCAUUGCUGCCAAAAACCUCCAGGAAAUGGAUACUUGGUACAGAACCAUGUUUCAGGACAUGGGAGACACCUCUGCCAAACACGCUCAAAGUGUUCGAAGUUUGAGAGAAGAAAUAGCUGCUUAUAGAAAGGACAUUCUGAACAAGGAACGGGACUUGGAAUCCCUGAGGACAAGGAAGGAGUUUUUAGAGGGCCGGGUCCGUGAUGUCAUAGAGAAAUACAAGGAGGAGGAGGAGGACUUGCAGGAGCACGUUGAAGCAGCUGAACAAGAUCUAAAGCUGACCAAACAGAAGACUGCUCUGCUGAUGAGAGAAUAUCAGGAGCUUCUGAAUGCAAAGAUGGCGAUGGAGAUCGAGAUUGCCACCUACAGAAAGCUGAUUGAAGGAGAAGAUGGCCGCCUGAGCACCACGGUUGGUAAAUUCUCCCUGACUGGUGGUGUGCACACUUCCUCAGGUUUAGCUUCCCCCUCAGCUCCAGAUGGGUCUUUGAAAUGUAAUGGAGCCUCCAGCGACACAGACAGAACCAAGUGUGCUGCAGCUACAGAUGGAGCGGGGGGCUUCCUCCUGUCAAGCAGUGAUGAGAACCUGCAGCAGCAGGCAACUGAGACGUCUGAGAGGAAGAUGGUCCUCGUCAGAACGUUUAAAACAGAUGAGGGCAGCUUUGUGAGCAACACACAGCAGCGCACCAUCACUGUUUCUGGAGCUGCUGAUGAAGAACAAACAAUUUAAGGUGCUAUUUCCACUGAUCGAGAUGCCCUUUUUCAYGUGGCUCAAAAAACUUUAAAGGCUGUCCUGCUUCUUUCUGGAAAACCUGUYCACUGAAUUUCCUGCUCAAGAUCAACCAGCUUCUCUGCUUAUUUAAUUCUCUUCUGUCAAACUGAUUUUUGGCAGCAAGCACGCGUAAAUGUCUUCAUUUAAAGCAAAACAAGAGUGUUAUACUAAUAUUGUAAUAAAAAUUUUACUGCUUGAAAAACAAAAAYGUCCCACAAAGUUCUGCGCAAAAAGCUUUAAUUAAAAAAAGUACCCAUGAGAAAACAUUUGGAAGUUGGUCAGAUUUGCUGUCUUCAUAUUUUUUUAUACAGUAUUGUACAUCAUUUAUUUCACAUAGUAUCUGAUUCACUUAAGAGCAUGUCUCCUCUCAUUUUAUUAACCAAAGAAUUAACAGUGUUGUGUAAAGUGCAUUUGAACAAUAUAAAUUACUUGCAUUUCAAAAGUUAAUCGUGAGRAAUUUUGGSUUGAAAGUAUAAUGAAAACAAAUGGAGUUGCAUUAAAGGUUUGUAAACUUGGA